AAAUCAGUGCAAAAUCAAGUUAACUUUGGUGGCUGUGGUGAGUUUUCUGGAUCUUUGCUAAUGGCUGAUUAUUUAAAAACAAGUUUAUUCAAGUGGGCUAGCCAGGACAACUUCUAGGUCAGAGGGAAUGGCUUUGUUGGCAAGCUGAAGCUUCUCAGUGCUAAUGUUAGAAAUGAAUCUCUGUUCUCAUCUCAGUCAGGACUGAAAAACAAUAUCAGUCAUGUGGAAUCUGGAAACAUCCCUUUGGUCUCUCCAAACCGAAUGAAGCCCCCUGCUCUGAUUUUCCUUCUCUACACUCUAAAGAGCAUUUCUCAUCCUGUCUAGAGGCUGAAUCGUUGCCAACGUAAGAAACCAGAAGCUUCCGAGAUGACCUUGCAACACCAGCUGGCUUCUGGCACAGGAACCCCUGCCCUGUGUUUCGUGCCCAGCAUUCGCUCUCUGUAUGCUGCAGGGAAAGCAGGAAGGGGAGAAGGAGAAGGGGAUAUCGGUGCAGCCAUGGCUGCCGUCUUCCUCCCAGGAAACCUUCAAGAUGAAGCCACUUGCUCAGUUUGCCUGGAAUAUUUCAAAGACCCCGUGUCCAUCCAAUGCGGGCACAAUUUCUGCCGGGCUUGCAUCACCAAGAGCUGGAAGAGCCUGGAGAUGGAUUUUCCUUGCCCCCAGUGCAGGGAGGUGUUCAAGGAGAAAAGCCUCAGGCCCAAUCGACAGUUGGCCAACAUGUCUGAGAUCAUCAGCCAGUUCAUCCUGCAUGGUGGGAAAGGCCUUGAGGAGGACAGGAUCUGCGAGAAACACAGGGAGGCUCUGAAGCUUUACUGCAAAGAUGACCAGAAGACCAUCUGCGUGGUGUGUGACCGGUCUCGGGACCACCGACCUCAUGCUGUGGUGCCUGUAGAAGAGGCAGCCCAGGAGUACAAGGAACAAAUUCAGACUCGUUUGGAUUUUUUGAAAAAAGAGAGACAAGGGCUCCUGGAAUUCAAAACACAGGAUGACAAGAAGAGCCAAGAACUUCUGAAAACCAUAGAAACCGAGAGACAGAAGGUCCUCUCUGAAUUUGAAGGGCUACGCCAAUUUCUUCAUGAGCAAGAACAGCUUCUCCUUGGUCAGCUGGACAAGAUGGAGAAGGGCAUCAUGAAAAGACAGAAUGAAAACAUCACAGAGCUAUCCAAGGAAAUUUCCCUCCUCAACAAAUUCAUUGCUGAUCUGGAGGACAAAGUCCAGGAACCAUUGCUUGAUUUCCUCAAGGAUGUGACAACUACUAUUGCCAGAAGUGACAAUGUCAAAUGUCAGAAGCCUAUUCCAGUUUCUUCUGACAUGAAAGGCCACGUCUCCAACUUCUCUCUGAAGACGGUGGCUCUCAAGGGAGUGCUUAAGAAGUUCAGAGAUCAUUUACGGGAUGAACUGGGGAAAGGUGAGAAAGAGGACUUGCUCCUGGAUCCGGAGACAGCCAACCACCUCCUCCUCAUCUCUUCGGAUCUCAAGACGGUGCGGAUGGGCUGUCGAAAGCAAGAUCUCCCCGACAACCCCAAACGCUUUGACACCAACUCUCGAGUCCUGGCAACGGAAGGGUUCAAGUCCGGGCGGCAUUACUGGGAGGUGGAGGUGGGGUCUGCUGAUGGCUGGGCCUUUGGAGUGGCCAAGGAAUCGGUCCGAAGGAAAGGGCUGACUCAGUUUUGCCCUGAAGAGGGCAUCUGGGCCCUGCAGCAAAAUGGUGGGCGAUACUGGGCGGUCACCACCCCUCAGCGCACCCCGAUUUUCCUGAAUGAGAAGCUGAUUAAAAUUAGAGUCUACUUAGACUACGAAGGAGAAGAAGUGUCCUUCUACAAUGCUGACACCAUGCAACACAUUUUUAGCUUUAACGUUGCCUUCGCAGAGAGGAUGUUUCCGCUUUUCUCAGUUUGCUCCACUAUAACCUAUAUUAAGCUUUGCUCCUGAAAUGAAGAGGAUGCUUUGUUGGAGGCCGGGGAAGCCACGGCGAUGCAAGGACUGCUUGUUUUUAUGUCGGGCUGACCUCCUGGGAGACACGUGGGAGUUUGGAGAAAAAUAUGUGAGGAAUCUGGACGUGGCCACCUUCCGAUAGGGCAAGCUGGUCAAGGGUGCCGAAACCUAAAUACGGUGCAAAGCAGUAGGAGAUGCCACCAAUUUGUCCUGAGUAUGCAGAAGUCAUGUCAAUAGGUUUGAUGUUUGAGUUGCAGUUUCUAACCCCAAUCCUAUCACACAAUUAGGCAGGAUUGCAUCUCGCCGGCCCGAAUUUUGAGAAGAGGGAGGUGUAACUGUUUUGUUCCUUUGGAAUAGCUAUAGGGAAUAAGCAUGGCAAAGAGAGAGUGAGUGUGCCAAAAUUGCAUACAGGACUGUCUUUUUUCUAAUCAUUAUUUGCAGUUUCAGCUGCUACGUCUUUCCUGCAAAAGACUUAGGAAGGUCAUCAUUUGCAGCCAGGAAGAGGCAGAUGGAAGGCUUUCUCUCGCCUGGCUCUUUCUCUCCUGCAGGGUCUCUGGUUCUGUGUUAAUUCAGAUGUUGAGCUUGAACCUUGGCGUAGGAAAAGCAGCUGGGGAAGAGAUUGCAGGAGAGGGUCAAACGUUCUGCUCUUUGCAUUUGGCGUCUUCUUAGGGCCUCUUAGUGGAGGAAAGAGAGCGCUUGGGAUUUUGCAAUAUGAGAUGCCCACGGAAUGUGCAGUUCCAAAGGGCAGUUUAAGGAAAGACAAAGAUUUCAUCCUAUAGGAACAGAGAAACAGAAAAGGAACUAGAGCUAAUGUUUCUUUUUACUAUUAAAAAAUAAUUACCUUAGCUAAGAUGUUUAUUUUUGUUUAUUGUUUAGUUCUUGGGACCCUUGGGGCGUCUCUAUUCUGGGAAUGCAAGUGAUGUUUGAAUGGCUCUUGAAUGCAGGCAAGGCUCUCUGCCUGGCCUUGCAGGUUUUCUGCCCUUGCUGUUUAAAUCCUGCAGCGCAGAACGGAUGGCUGGUGGUGCAGAGGCUUCUGCAAAUCAACCCUGAAGAUGCAGUUGGAACCCUGAAGACCUCCACCCCCACCCCUUGCAUAUGUGCACCCCUAGGAUUGCAAGCCAUCCUUUGUCUGGCUGGACCCAUGGUUGGGAUUCAGUGGGCCCUGGCUUGCCAUCAUCCCAAAUAGUUCAGACUGUACCAUCCAUAGGAUGGGGUGCUGUGGACUUGUUUUACAGUACAGCUUCGGUGUGGCUGGGAAGAAGCAAAUUUGGGGAAUACAACACUGACAUUCUAGAUGUGGAUUGAACAUGCUCUCCUGCAAACUUCUGCAACCCUGAAAUCAUGCUGACUCAACUUGUCCACGUGUAAAUA